AUGUUCCGCUUGUCGGGGAAUCAGGUAGUAUCCACGCGAAAGGAAUCCAAGUGGGACACGGAUGCGUCGUCGUUGCGCAUUAAUCGACGAAAAAGGGGUACUCGGUCCGUCGCGGAUCACUUCGAGUCCGUUCGUAUUGCAACGAUUAUACAAAUCGGCAAACUGGACGCGGAGGUUAGCAGUGGUGGCGGCAGUGGCCGCAGGGGUGUCAGUCCGACACCCCUCAACAGUAUAAACCCGGAUCAUCCAGGAUUACGAGGCACGCCUUUGGCCAUGCUGGCGGCGCAAUGCAACAAACUAAGCAGUAAAAGCCCGCCGCCGUUGGCGGAUGCAGCCGUAGGCAAAGGUUUCCACCCUUGGAAGAAGAGUCCACAAAGCAGCGGCAGUUCGCCACAACACACCGGCGGCGGGGGAGGUGGCAGCGGAGGUGGAGGAGGCGGUAGCGGUGGGUGCACAACGACGGGAGUGAGCCAGAGACCGGCGGCGACGAGCAGCGCCGGCAGCACGACCGGUGGUUACGCCAGGGCGCCGGUAACGUCUUGCGCCUCGACCGCACCGCAAUAUGGUAGCGACUUGUAUUUCCCCGGAACGGCGAGCGCCCAACCGGCCGGCGAUCCACAUCAUCAUCAGAGUAGUCUUCUGGGCAAAGUCGAAGGCGCGACUUUGGGCUCGGUGUACGGCAGGCAUCCGUACGAGUCGUGGCCAUUCAACGCGAUGCCAGGCGCGACGCACGGCGGAAUUAAAGCAAGCGACGGUUGGUGGGAUGUGCACGGCGCCGCGACCGCCGGCGGAUGGCUAGACGUAAGCAGCACUGUUGGCGUCGGCGUCCACGCGGCGCAAAUGGCCAAUUACUCGGCCGACUACUCGACGAGCCUAGCGCUGGCCGGUAAUCAUUUGCUAACCACAGCUACGACGGCCGGUCACAAUCUCUUGCAAGAUACGUACAAAUCAAUGCUACCG